UUGAUCAUGCCAAAGACAUAGAUAAGAAAGACGAGGAGAUUGAAUUGAUAGCCGACAUGGAAAACAUUGAUAGUGACGGUGACGAAGUUGGCCUACCAGAUGCAAUGGAUGACAAUGUUUGCUUCCAUGGGAUAGUGUCUACCUUAUUCACUGAUAAUGAAUUGUCACAUGGUUCCAGCCUAAACAAUGCAUCCCGUACUCCCAUAUGGAAUCCUCGCCAACCUGAAUUAUCCAAAGGACUAAUCUUCAAGUCAAAAACAGAGUUGUAG